AUGAAGUUGUCAUCGUCUUCUUGGACACUGCUGGCCGCUGGCCGCCUGAGUGCUGCAGCGUCCGUCUUUUCGCUCGACUCUGAUGAUGCAAUUAAAGAGUCGGCCAGCAUACUGGCCUGGGACAUGCUUCAACAUUAUCACGGCAACGAAUCCGGAGGCACGCCCGGAAUUCUCCCCGGACCGCCGCCGGCCGGCGACUAUUACUGGUGGGAAGGCGGAGCCAUGUGGGGCACCCUCAUCCAGUACUGGGCUUUCACCGGCGACUCGACUUACAACGACAACAUCAUGCAGGCCAUGCAGUUCCAGGUCGGAGAGGGCCAGGACUACAUGCCGCGCAAUGUGACGGCCUCCCUGGGGAACGAUGACCAGGCCUUCUGGGGCAUGGCCGCCAUGCUAGCCGCAGAGAUUAAGUUCCCCGACCCCCCAGCCGACCGGCCCGGAUGGCUUGGCCUUGCGCAGGCCGUCUUUAACACGCAGGCGAGCCCUCAGCGACACGACGGCACAUGUGGCGGAGGGCUUCGAUGGCAGAUCCCCUUCACCAACAAUGGUUACGGCUAUAAAAACAGCAUCGCUAAUGGCUGCUUCUUCAACAUGGCGGCCAGGCUUGCCCGCUACACAGGAGACGCCAAAUAUUCUGACUGGGCCGAAAAGACUUGGGACUGGGUCGAGAAAAUCGGCUUCAUCGACCCUCAGAACUAUGCCAUCUAUGACGGGGCCAACGUUGCCAAUCAGUGCAAGGACAUCAACAAAGUCCAGUACUCUGCUUUCGCCUUGCGUGUUCCUGAUUGUGCAAAGCGACGGCUAACACCUCGAAUUCCCACGGCUCAGACAAACGGCGACCAAAAGUGGAAAGACAGAGUCGACAAGCUCAUCAACUACGGCCUCAAGACCUUUUUCCCCCAUGACGUCGCUGUCGAAAUUUCAUGUGAGCUCAACGACGGCUGUAAAACAGACAUGUUCACGUACAAGGGCUUUGUGCACCGCUGGUAUGCAACAACCACGCAAAUUGCGCCUUUUACGGCAGAGCGCAUCCUCCCCGUGCUCCAGAAGUCGGCACAAGCCGCGGUCACACAGUGUACAGGCGGUGCCAACGGCCGGCAGUGCGGUCUGAAAUGGGCAGACGGAAAGUAUGACGGCAAAACGGGGGCUGGGCAAGAGAUGAGUGUGUUGGCAGCCGUGCAGAGUUUGCUGAUUGGCAAGGCGAGGCCGCCUGUGACCCAUGAUUCGGGUGGUACGAGUACGGGCAACACGGAUGGUGGUCAAGGUGAUGGGUCGGUGAUGCCGAAUCAGAAGCCUGUCACGGCGGGUGAUAAGGUCGGUGCCAGCAUUGUUACGAUUUUAUUGCUCGGAGGAGCGUGUGGCAUGUUUGGGUGGAUGAGCUACGAGGCGUCUGGGCGUUGA